AACUCAGAAAUUGUCGAUAAUGACGGCCUACAGAGCAGAAGACGAAGAGGGAGAUGAGGAGAUCUGAGAUGAGAGAGGAGGGAGGAGGGAGGAGGGAGAAAAUAGAGGAGAAAGAGAAAGAGGCAGAUUACAUUAGGGACUUAGCACUUAGGUUUAUCCGAAUUUCGGAAUUUUUGUAAAAUAAUAUUUAUUUUUUAUUAUUUUUUUUUUUUGUAAAAAAUAUGUUUUUGACUUUUUUUUCGAAUAUUCGGAUAUUUUCGGAUCGGUUAUCUUAAAUUUUCGGAUCGGAUGCGGAUUGGAAUUUCGAAUUUUCGGAUUAUCAGAUAAUUUUGCUCAGCCCUAGAUCUCGGGACAAGCUAAUAGCCUAAUACUUGUUGGUAAUACAGCCCAUUAAUGGGUCUUUAUUGGGCCUUUAGCUCCUUGAAAAACCUGAAUUACUAGCCAGUACAGCUAAUGCGGUAAACACAAACUUCGUAGUAACUUGAGAAGUCGGAACAAAACCAAAAGACGAUCAAAGCAAACGCCGUUGCUGCCCCUCUCAUCCGAGUCGACUCAGCUUCAACUCGCUUGCUCACCUCCUUCUUCUUCCUCUUCUAGGAAGGAAUUUUCUAAGUUAGUCGGGUAAACUUGAGUGAUGAAAUACAAGUUCCUAUUUCCAGUACAAUAGUGAAUAGUCGACACUUCCUUUCUCUCCCAUUCCUCAACAAUGGCGGUAAACUACAUGAAGCUACAUAAAAGGGCUGUCUCCCAAACUCCUUUCUUCAACUCCCUCUUCUUUCGUCGCCAUUUUUGCGACAAAGUACGAGGUUCCUCACUCGACAACUCCGAGGUUACUGCUCGUGUCACCUCCGCCGCCAAAAACUUCCAUAAAGUUGACCCUUCAAAGGGUAGAUUAUUGACUGGAGCAACAAUAGGUUUAAUUAUAGCUGGAGGAGCUUAUGUUAGUACCGUGGAUGAAGCGACAUUCUGUGGUUGGUUGUUUUCAGCGACAAAACUUGUGAAUCCAUUCUUUGCCCUAUUAGAUCCAGAGGUUGCUCAUAGAUUGGCUGUCUCAGCUGCUGCUCGUGGAUGGGUUCCUAGAGAAAAAAGGCCAGAUCCUUCCAUUCUAGAGUUGGAAGUCUGGGGAAGAAAGUUCUCCAACCCAAUAGGUCUUGCUGCUGGAUUUGAUAAAAAUGCUGAGGCUGUCGAAGGUCUGCUUGGUCUUGGUUAUGGCUUCGUAGAAGUUGGGUCUGUUACUCCUGUUCCACAGGAGGGCAAUCCAAAGCCUCGUAUCUUUAGAUUGCGGGAGGAACGUGCUAUCAUCAAUCGCUGUGGUUUUAAUAGUGAGGGUAUACAAGCUGUUGCUAAACGUUUAGGUGCACAGCACGGCAAGAGGAAGUUAGAUGAAAGUUCUAGCACUUCCCCAACUGCUAAUGAUGGGGGGAAACCAGGAGGAAAGGCUGGCCCAGGAAUUCUUGGUGUCAACCUCGGCAAGAAUAAGACGAGCGAAGAUGCUGCUAACGACUAUGUACAAGGAGUGCACACAUUAUCCCAGUAUGCAGACUACCUGGUGAUCAAUGUUUCAUCACCAAAUACACCUGGACUGCGUCAGCUUCAAGGAAGAAAACAACUUAAGGAUCUUGUUAAAAAGGUUCAAGCUGCUCGUGAUGAAAUGCAAUGGGGGGAUGAAGGUCCACCUCCGUUGCUUGUGAAAAUUGCCCCAGACUUGUCUAAACAGGACCUUGAAGACAUUGCUGCGGUUGCGCUUGCUCUCCAAGUAGAUGGACUGAUUAUAUCAAAUACGACUAUUUCAAGGCCUGACUCCAUCAGCCAGAAUCCUCUGUCUCAGGAAGUCGGUGGUUUAAGUGGGAAGCCUUUGUUUGACUUAUCAACCAGUGUCUUGAAAGAAAUGUAUAACUUAACAAGGGGGAAGAUUCCUUUGAUUGGCUGUGGUGGUGUUGGCAGUGGAGAAGAGGCGUAUAAGAAAAUACGUGCUGGAGCUACACUAGUUCAGCUGUACACUGCAUUUGCCUAUGGAGGACCUGCCCUUAUUCCGCGAAUAAAGGCUGAAUUGGCUGAAUGCUUGGAGAGGGAUGGAUACAAGUCGGUCCACGAAGCUGUUGGUGCUGAUUGCAUUUGAGUUCUGGACAGGCAAAUUGAGUGCCAUGAGAGUUACCUUAACCUGCUACUAGUGACUUUCUUAAGAGUUCUCAAGGAGAAGCAAGAAAGUUUAGUGAGUCCACGUUGCUGAGAUUUGGAAGUCAGCUCUCAGACAAGGGAAAAAUUCAUCAAGUGAUUGAUUGAAUACACUGCGUAUAUUAAUUUAUAUUUCCCCCACAUUACAUGGUUUUUAUGCCCUUGCUAAAGGAUGUCUGUUGGUUUUCCCUUCAACUUUCAUUUUGUUGGGUUUGGGGAGUUUUGCUGCACCCGAGAUCUUAUAAAUGGUUAAUUAGAUAGGGAUGUGAGAAAUUUUUUGAUGGUAACAUGUAAUGGUUAUUAUUACACUGGAACGGUUAGGAAUUGUAAAGUUCAGACAUACAUUUGAUUAUUUGAAAGUGCUUGGACCAUACCUUGUAAGGAUUCCCGAAAGAACAAGAACUGCACGUCUUAUCUCUGGUGCAAUCAAACCUUACAACACAUUGUUUGAAAA